UCCCACACGCUUUCUCCACCCCACCGCAAAUCCCCAUCCAAGGUCAUUCCUGGAAACAAAAUCCUCUCUCUCUCUCAGUUCUUCGGUUCUUCCCCCUCCCUUCUCCCCUGGUCUCCUCCCUUCCCAGAAUAAACCUCCCUAGUCACCUUAAACAUAAACUCCCCCUCUCUCUCUCUCUCUCUCUAAGGGUAAGCGGGCACGAUGGAAGUGGAGUUCCCGGACGACUUCCGAUGCCCGAUCUCCCUGGAAGUGAUGUCCGACCCGGUGAUCCUAUCGUCGGGGCACACCUUCGACCGCGCCUCCAUCCAGCGCUGGAUCGACUCCGGUAACCGCACAUGUCCGGUGACCAAGCUCCCGUUGCCCCCUCGCCCCUCACUCAUCCCCAAUCACGCCCUCCGCAGCCUCAUUUCCAACUUUGUCCCCGCCGCCAACCCCAAAUCCCCUCCCUCCCCCUCCCCUGACCCCCACAACCUCCUCGCUUCCCUCUCCUUUCCCGCCGAUGCCGACACCCUCGCCGCCGUCCUCCGUCUCUCCAAGCGAAUCGCCUCCUUCCGCCGUCUCGCCCUCGACGCCGGCGCCGCCUCCGUCCUCCUCCGCCACGCCGGCUCCGUUGACCGCCCCGACCUCCAGGACCUCGCCCUCCGCGCGCUUCUCCACCUCAGCCUCGACGGCGACGACGCCCGCGUUGGCCUCGUCGCCGAGGGCGCUGUCGACCGCCUCGACACCGCCCUCCGCUCCGGCCCCAACGUCGCGGCCCUCGCUGCCACGUGCCUCACCAGCCUCGCCAUGGUCGAGGUCAAUAAGUGCACCAUCGGAGCCCACCCCUCCGCGAUCGCCGGCCUGGCUGCACUUCUCCGAGAGGGGGAAGGGCCGGGAGCGCCGCGAGGCGGCGACCGCCCUCUACGAGCUCUGCAAGUUCCCGGAGAACCGCCGCCGGACCGUCCGCGCCGGCGCCGUGCCAGCCCUGGUCGACCUCGCCGGCGCCGGCUCCGAGCGAGCGGUGGAGGUGCUGGGUCUCCUCGGCAAGUGCCGGGAGGGCAGGGUGGAGAUGAAGAGGGUCGAUGGAUUCGUUAGGGUUUUGGCCGGGGUUUUGAGAUAUGGGAGCUCCAGGGGCAUCGAGAACGCUCUCUUAGUGCUCAAUUUGGUCUGCUCUGAUAACAAAGAGAUGGCCUUGGAGGCGAGAAAAGAAGGAACUUUCGAGCUUUGCAUGGCUUUGGCCUGCGACGAGAAUGGGAAGAUUGGCAAGAAUGCGGCGGGAUUGGCUCGGACCCUCGAGAAUGGCCAGCUGGUCGACUUCAUCUGAAUUGGGCUUCUUUUUCAGGGGUUGCGAAGAUUUUGCAUCUAAAUGUAUCUGAGUCAUCUCACAGAGGUGAGUGGAGUAGUUUCUUUCCUCUGUUUUAGCUUUGAUGACUACUCUGUAGAAAAAAAGGAGGAGGUUUUUCUUUUUUCUUUUCUUUUUUUUAUUUUUGAAGCUUUUCUCUUCUAGUUUUGUAAAAUUAUAAUAAUUAGUCCUGUUCAUAUCUGAAAGGUUGUAACUUGUUAUUAACUGAACCUCUAACUGUUCCGAUGGAAGUGCAAUCUGAUAUUUAUAUUGUUUCUUUCCAUCCCAUAUCACUGCAACUGUUUGAGAAAUCCUUUUAGAUUUCCUAUUUCAGUGUAGUUUUCAUAAGUUCGCAUUGAUUGUCUGGGGUGAUUUGUUGCCUGUUUGAGAUUGGAUUGGCCAUUGCUGCAAUGUCAUUCAAAUUUUGAUUUGAAUG